CAACCUCCCGCCUCUCUUCCUGUCACUUUGCCCGCAUGCGUCCAUUCCCAGAUUGUUCCAGUUAUUAUUGUCAUUCACUUGCAGCCUGCUACGUCACCCCUAUCUUCCAGGACGAUUGAGCUGGUCUUUGUCCUUCUGCAGCUUUUUCUUUGGCUCCAAUCAUUCGGGUUCAUCCGAUCCCAACCUUUAGCCCAUCCUUAUUCCUGCAACACUCCUGCGCCGAAAAGAUGAAGCACAUGCGCAGCCUCCUCUCGACGGCGCAAGCCCUGCGCCAGGUCUUCUUCCCACCUCAACGCCUCGUCCGACCGCAGUAUCUCCGUCCUCUACCUCUGGGCAUUCGAACAAUGAAAUGGAACCGUAAAGAUUCCCAGAAAACAGAAUCGGUGGCGGCGAGACUCAUCAAAGACGAGGCCAUUGUAUCGGAAUGGAUCCAGAUAGUGAACGAGAACAACACUUUGGACCCCCCAAUUCGACGCUCGACUGUCCUCAAUAAUAUCGACCGUUCUAAACAGUUCGUGAUCAAGGUCAGUGAUGGAGCGGAUGGUGCGCCGCCGGUCUGCAAGGUUGUGGACAAAAUGGCUCUGCGGGAGACAGAGCGUGCCAGAGCCAAGGCAGCCCACACUAGCAGAACCUCCUUCAAGCAGGUGGAACUGAACUGGGCUAUCGAUAGCCAUGACCUUGGCCACCGUCUGAAGAAGAUCACCGAGUUCAUUACCAAGGGCUUCAAGUUGGAGGUUGUCUUGAUGAGGAAGAAGGGCAAACGAGCCCCCACGGCGGAGGAAGUCAAAAAUCUCAUGGACAAGGUGGUGGAAACGAUCAAGGAGGCCAAUGGUAUGCAAAUCAAACCUAUGGAGGGGGAGCCAGGGCGGUUAGUCACUAUCGUUGUGAAGAAGAAGCCCGACAACUAGCUUGUUGAUGCGGCUAUCCCGGUAGAGAAGGUCACACUUUUAUAAAUCGGCCAUUGUCUACAAUUGUAAAAUAUGAAUCUAUUUCUUA